GUCAAGGCGAACCGAAUAUCCUACCAAAAACUUCGAAGUUUGGAACUGUAAAUCUUUUAUGCGGAGAUGCUUGCUUUGAUUCAAUUCCAGAUUCGGUGUCGUCCGGUCUCUCCAGUGUCUGUAGACGGAAACCAGCACAUCACCACCACCUACUGCUAUCUUGUUCUCCCAGGCCCAAAUUUCCGUCAAUUUACACCCCUACGAAAGACCAUUACUCUAAGCUCUUGUCAUGGCUUCCGAUUCUGUUAUCCUCGUGACACCGCGAACAAUUCUCCGUCCCAUGAAACUCAGCGACAUCCUGUCUGUCAGCCGCGCUGCCAACUCCGCUGCGGUAGCGCAGUACAUGCGGAAUCGCUUCCCUUCGCCAUAUACUGAAGCGGAUGCUGAAAAGUGGAUCAAGGGACUUCUAGCUAAGGAGCGUCCUUGUGGAUUCGCGAUCGCGGACCCAAAGACGGACGAAGUGAUUGGGGGCAUUGGAAUCGAGCUGGGAAAGGAUGUCGACUUUCGAUCGGCCGAGUUUGGGUAUUGGCUAGGGGAAGACUACUGGGGGAAAGGAAUCAUGAGCGAGGUGGGGAAGGCAUUUGCAGAGUGGGUGUUAAAGAACAUUAGGGUCACGUCGGAAUACGAAGCUGGAAAGGAGUUCACGUUGACCAGACUCUUUGCAAGUGUUUUGGACGGAAAUGAUGGAAGUCGGCGUGUUCUAGAAAAGUCGGGAUUUGUGUUGGAAGGGAUAAUGAAGAGAGGCGCAUACAAACACGGGAAGGUCAUGGAUCAGUGGAUAUAUGCAAUAACACAAGAGGACUGAUUAUAUAAAGAGUAAUUGGCGUUAUGAGGCUAGACAGAAACACAUGAGUCCACUAUCUUUCAAGCUUCUCGAACACCGUUAACUCUUCUCGACACCCAUCUUCAUCCCUCUCAAACAGCAUGGGAUGGUUACAUACAUCAUGCUCACAAGAACGCCGUUCCCCAAGGUAUCACCAUGACAAGGAAAGAUGCAAGCGAGAGUAAGAAGUGAUACUCCGUCGCGACAACACCCAAAGUCCCGUUUUCAUCCAAUCCCACGCAUCCCAACAUUACCCUGAUAUAUUUACGGAAACAAAGGUCAAUCGAUGUCCAAAU